AUGAGCAUACAUUGGAUUUUGGUCGUCUUCCAAAAAGGAUUGCACAAUACAAAUGAGACACGAACCAGAAAGGAUCGGGGUGUCCUUGUAAUCACACCAGGUUAA